AAAAAUUGCAGUAUCCACUGUAUACAAGGCUUUUGUUAUUUGUUUAUUUCAGUUUUAAUAGAAUUGUUGUCUGAAAACAAAGGAAAAUGAGAACAUUGAUCAGUAUAUUUUUAGUAUUCAUUUUUGCUACUGUAAUAUCUUGUUCCGUUAUUUUGGGUCGAAAUCAUUGCACUUAUGGACCUGCUUAUUGGUGCUCGAACAUAACAAACGCAAAAAGCUGUGGUGCAGUAAGUCAUUGCAUUAAGACUGUUUGGGAGAAGCAGCAUGUACCAGAGGAUAGUGAUUCAAUUUGUCAAAUAUGCCUUGAUAUGGUAAAGCAAGCGAGAGAUCAGCUUGAAAGUAAUGACACAAUGGAAGAGAUUAGAGAAGUUUUUGAAGGAUCCUGUGACUUAAUUCCCAUUUCUGUUGUGAAAAAGGAAUGUAAGCGAUUAGCAGAUGAUUUUAUACCGGAACUGAUAGAAGCCUUAGCAUCACAAAUGAAUCCCCAGGUUGUUUGCUCGACUGCUGGACUUUGUAAUAAUGCAGCGAUUGAUAAAUUGUUGGAGGAAGAUGAGGCACAAAAGCAAUCCUUCAAUUGCGAUAAAUGUAAUAACGUUGGAAAUGCAAUCUCAAAUAAAUUUCAUACAUCAAGUCGUGACCAAGUAUUCGACGGAUUUUUAUCAGCUUGCGGUCGUAUGUCAUCAUUUUCUGACGCCUGCUCAAGCAUUGUGUCAACACAUUUUGAUAAUAUUUAUGAUGAGCUGUCAAAAAACUUGAAAGCUGACAACAUAUGUCAUAUUAGUGGAGCAUGUUCAAGGCAAUAUCAUAAUCAUGACUCAAAAAGUAUUGAAAUUAAAACUGAAUCAAAUAUUAAAUUUAUUUAUAAAAAGGAUGAUAUUUCAUGCGAGUUGUGCGAGCAGCUAGUUAAGCAUUUGCGUGAUGUAUUAGUUGCAAAUACCACAAAACAAGAAUUUAAAACAGUUCUCUUGGGCUUAUGUUCGCAAACUAAAGGAUUCAAGCAAGAAUGUAAUAGCAUCAUCAAUCAAUAUUAUGGAAUCAUUUAUGAGAUGUUAGUAAAUAAUUUGGAUGCAAAUGGUGUUUGCUUCUUAAUUGGACUUUGUGAUAAGGGUAUUAAGGGAAAUGUACCUAAUAUGCCUUUACUACCUUCGGAGCAAGUUUUUCCUAGAAAACGUCUUGGUCAACAUGAAAAAAUCUUUAAAAAUGAACAGAUUCAGUCAAUGAUAUUACCUAUUGAUCAACUGAUGGGAGCAAAAUCAUCACUUGACUUGAUUGAUGGCGGUGAAAAAUGCGAAAUUUGUACAUAUUUCUUUCAUUUUCUUCAGGAGGAACUAAGUGACGCUAAAAAUGAAGACCAAAUUAAGGAAUUGGUCAAGCAAACUUGUUCAAAAUUUCCGUCAUCUAUUCAGCCAAGUUGUAACAGUUUUGUUGAUUUGUAUGGUGAUACUAUAAUUGCACUUUUAGUGCAAGAAAUUGACCCACGUGAUUUAUGUCCAAAGUUAAAAUUGUGUCCAGAAAAGACUUACAUUACUGAAAAUACCGAAAAUACUAUUAAAACGGAAAAGUCAAAUUUCAUUCCGCAUAUUAUCGUAACCAAUGAUAUCGCUGAUAACACAAUUGAUAGUCAAAUUAUCGAUACAGGUUCUGGAGAAUGUCUUUUAUGUAUGUCUGUUGUUGCUGCUUCCGAGUCAAAAAUAUCACGAAGCAUGACAAAAUCACAAAUUGAAAACGUUUUAAUGCGCGAAUGCUCUAAAUUCCAUCCAUAUCAGGAAAUAUGCAAUAACUUUGUUAAAAAAAAUGUCGAUGAGAUUAUGGAUUUACUUUCUGUACACCUUUCAUCUAUGCGAAUGACACCAAAAGAAAUUUGUCAAAAAUUAACACUUUGUGCGAUUGAAGACGAUUUAAAUAUUGAUGAGGCUGUAAUGAUUAACGUUUUUGCUAUAUCAGAAGUCCCAAUUGUUAGUCGUGCUUCAUUGACAAAACAUGAUCCAAACAAGAUCGUUCAAGCUGAUCCACAGUGUGUGCUUUGUGAAUUUAUUAUGGCAAAAUUGGAACAAGAACUCAAAGAUAAGCAUACUCAGGAAGAGAUUAAGCAAGCAGUAGAAAAUAUUUGCAGUAAAAUGCCAAAAUCCAUUACAAAGAAAUGCACUACUUUCGUAGAUAAUUAUGCUGAAUUAAUUAUAACUUUAAUUAAUAGAGUUCCUCCAAAAGAAAUAUGUACUGAAAUGAGCUUAUGUGCACCCACAAAUAAAAGAAAAGCACUAAUCCGGGAUUCUGAAUAAACUUGCGCAGGAACAAUCCAUAUCUGUAGACUUAAAAGUUGCUGAAAAGUGUAAAGUAAGUAUUUCUGUAUAG